GCCCAUGCCGUGAACAUAUGUACAUAUGUUUGUAAAUUAAACCCUUCAGAGCGCUUAAAAAAGAACUCCUUAAUUUUUUAAAGGUGCCUAAGGUAAACUUCGUAUGGAACUGAAACCAAUAGAGAACUGUUCUUCGGAAGAUGGGGAUGUGUUUCAAUUUGAGUCCGAGCACUUGGCUCUUCGUGGCAACCAGUGCUAUGCAAAAUUGCUGCGCACAAUUGCCGUUCUACAGGCUCAAAGGAUUCGUGUCCAUCAGCAGAUAGAUGAGCUGGAAGCGUCGCAGAACGCCUACUUGGAGAAUCCACAACUGCUGCUAGACAAGUUGCAGAAAAAUGAGCCCUUGAUAUCUGAUAAAUACAACAGUACGGCUGUGCUUCCGGAGCUGCCUACCUUGACCAACACUGAUGAAGGAGGUGGCGUUUAUGCGACAUCAGCACCGGCUUCGUGGACGCAGCCGCCGGACGAGAUUAGAGACAGGAGCAACGGCCGAUCAGAGAACUUCAAUCGCUUGUGGACUAACGAAGAGCAGCGUCGUUUAGAGCAGCUUCUUAUCCAGUAUCCGCCCGAGGACGUGGAAAUGCGUCGAUUUGCCAAGAUAGCAAAAGCCUUGGGCAACCGCACGCCCCAACAGGUGUUCAGCCGCGUCCAGAAAUACUUUCAGAAACUGCACGAUGCCGGCAUGCCGGUGCCCGGACGCAUACCCAAGCACCGGAGGCCGGGGCUUAGUAAGCCGAAGGUAAACUUACGCAGGUCAACGUUCUUUCCUGCUCAGAACAUAUCGCUGCAAAUGCCGGAGGACGACUGCACACUGGAUGACCUGCGGGUCCUUUCUCCUGCCAACGAGAUGGCAGUAUCCUCUGAAAUCAAGAUCGAACCAAGGACCGAGCCAGAACCCGGAGAUGCUGAUCUGGAUGCAGAGACAAAUCGCAAGCAGGAGCUACGUCUCAAGCUGCUAUCAACCAUACACGACGAAAAGCAGCAGAUUGAGAAUGGUUACGAGCCCGAUCUGAUGGCGCCCAAGUGUGCCGAAUGCGAGGCGGCUUUUGUCACUAGGACGCAAUGGUUCUGCAAUAGUUGUUAUUGUCAUCUAAAUCUGUGCGGAGACUGCUUGGCCAGCCAAUUGAUCGAAGGGCGCUUCGAACACCUGAGCCAUGAAAUUGUGGUAGAACAAGAGUCAUGAAAGUAUAAGACUACAAUAAAAUAUCAAAAGUUAGGAAACUUUUGAAUAGAUCCGUUUACUCCAUUCGGUUGUUAAAAACGGUAUCAAGCCAAUAGCUUUAGAAAUGGACAGGAGAAUAUUGACUAGUCUGCUGCCAAGGAAUCAAUAUGCACUUUUUGAAAAUAUGUAAUAUCUUUGUUAGCUUAAUGUAAUACAAAUAAAACUUAAAUGUAAA